AACUGUCAAACUAUAACUAAAAAUUGCGCGCCAAAGUCUUGAGGCGCGAAAAUUUUUAUUUUGCAGACAAUUAUUUCCGACUUGAGGCCAGUGACCGUUUCAUCCACAAUAUUUUAGUCUCAUGGAGUUUACAAGCAAAGGUGAAUACAGAAAAAUAACAAUGUCUAAAACGAAAUGUCGAUUGCAAACUUUAGACUUUAAAAGCUAUAUAUCGGUACAUUCCUGAAUGGCAUGAUCAACACCUAGUGCAGUCAGACGCAGACAAGCUGCGCUUAAAUAGGUCAUUGCUAUUUAAAAAAUAACUAUCGCCUGUUUGGAAGGAUUGCAGUUGGUCUAGAGACCUUGCCACUUGACCAGGACGGAUGGGUGAGCUCGAGGACUCAGCGAAGAUGUGAAAGCUUGCGACUAUUGCGAGAACGCCCGCGGGGGGCCUAGCAUUUCAAGGAUAGGUGCUUCGCGAAUUCAUUUAAAACAGGAUCAGAAUCCCAACCCACUGAGGAGAUUCAGCGAGAGACUCAGCUGGCUGAUCUUAAGGUUCACGUCAAGCUUUUCGACUAGUUCGACGAGCCUAGUGACCUCGGUUUAAGUUGCUAUUGCAGUUACUUCCAACUGCACUAAAAUAAUUCAAGUACAUAACUCGAGCCAGUACAAAGGUAUUGAUUCAACGUUUCAUUAAGAAAGUCCAACGAUCGAUAAUAUAAUUUAAUAACACGAAAUCUAUCGCACUACACGCCGAUGAUUGCUUUAGAGGGACUUUUUGAUUAAUUUAAUGGAAACACAUUAUCGUUAUUAACAAUUGACUGGAAGCGCGUUAACAAUAUAGCGCCAUCAAAUCAUUAUAGACCUGGUUAACAUAUUGACGUGUAACUGUUUCAAAAAUGGCUCAAAUAAAAGAUGAAAAUCAAUCGAAGCAACAACAAAAAGAAAAUGAAACUCUGAACAAAAACAAGCUGAAGAAAGUCGUGUAUACAUUAAAACCAGCUUUGAUGCUGGAGAACUGGUUCGGGUUGUUCAGAUUUUCUAUAGUUAACGAAGAAGAACUAGUACCUCCUAAUGCAAAACUGAAAAUAUUCGGAGUGAUUCUUUCGAUAUUCUUUAUUGUAAUGUUUGCGGUUUUUGUUGACUUUCCCGAUACGGAAACAGAAAGCAUAAUGGAGUUAAUGGACGAGGUACCAUCUAUGGUGGUUCUGUCCCAGUAUUUUAUUGCCUCGAUCACCACGUCAUCUUGCCUUAGCGCGAUAGCUAUUCGCAUUUUUGAAACUUUCGCCGAUCUCGAUUCCAUGCUCCUCAUUACAACCACCCAAGACUUUUACAAUAAGUCCCGGUAUCAAACGAAUAAAUAUUUAAUAAUUUUGGGUGUGUCUCACAUAAUCAGCAGUACACUGGAUCUAUUGACCGACGACGAGAUAGUGUGGUGCAAAUUUUUCGUCCUACCUAUUUAUUUCUUACAGAAACUGGAAGUUCUGACUUUCUGUAAACUAAUAGUCAUGAUUCAAUGUAGACUUCAAAUAAUCAAUAAAUACCUAACAAAUUUCAUUGAAGAACAAGAGAAAAACAAAGCCUUAGUGUUUACUUUAGCAGAAUCGAAUCCAAAGAAAACUGACAAAUUCAACUGGAUCGGGUGUCCAUCCCCGAACAACAUGAAAAUACGUGAUCUGGCCACUAUGUACGAUGUUAUUGGAACUAUAUGCUCAUUAAUCAAUGAUUUAUUUAACAUACAAAUCUUCAUGACUCUAGUUUCUACCUUCACGUAUAUCGUGAUAGCGAUUUGGAGCACUUUAUAUUUUUACAGAGCUCCUAACUUCACCUUCGGAACAUUAACAACGAUUAUAAUUUGGUGUAUUACAAUAAUACUCAGUGUUGUCGUUAUGUCAUUUGUUUGUGAAAGACUUGUGUCUGUCCGUAACAACACUAAAAUUCUUGUGAACAAAGUGAUUAUGAAUUACGACCUACCCAAAACUAUGAGGGUUCAAGCCAAAGCAUUCAUGGAAUUGAUUGAGUCUUGGCCUCUUAAAAUUAUGGUUUAUGACAUGUUCUCGGUCGAUAUAAGCUUGAUGCUCAAGUUUAUCAGUGUCGCUACAACAUAUCUAAUAGUGAUUAUUCAACUCUCUCAUUUUGUCUAAAUCUGUAUUAUUAUCAGCAAAUAAGAUUUCUAAAUAUUGGCGUAUACAAAUUGAAAUGCAAAAAAUAAUGUUUGUAGGUUUGUAUGUAUCAAUCAAUAAAAUUAACAAAUAAAUCAUUCGAAUUUA